UGGCUAGAGACGAUGGCGGAUUGUGACAAAAAACCAAAGUGCAAAUUUGGUGAAAAAUGCUAUAGAAAGAAUGCAGAUCACCAAAAUAAUUAUUAUCAUCCUAAAAGAAAGAACGAGGAUGAAGACAAUGAUCAGCCAAAGAAGAAAACAAAGAUUGAACACUUUUUUAAAGGUGCAGGGCCAGGAGAGACAGAUGACAAAAAGGAAGAAAAUAAGGACGUUGAUGAGCUGAAAGAUAAAGUGCAUGAUGAAAAAGAAGAUGAAGGUGCAACUGAAGACAGCAGCAGCUCAGGAUAUGUGCGACCAGAGGCAGGAAAUACAUCUGGAUAUGUAAGGGCGGAAGAGGAAGAAAUUGACUUGGCUGAUCAAUCAGGACAAAGUGGAGUUGAAGACAAUGAAGAUGAUGUGGAGGAAGCUGGGAUGGAUGCGCCCGUAUCCCCUGAAGAUAUGAAAGAAAAUAUCAAACAGAAGUACCUGAUGGAGAUGCCAGAUGAUUUCUACGAGUUCUGGGAGUUUUGUAAGAGUUUGGAGGCCAAGAAACCUUCAGAUGCUCUGAAGAAGACCCUUGGUCUACAGCUGGUUGGUCCAUUUGACAUCCUUGCUGAAAAGUGUAAGAAGAAAAACCGAAAAGGCAAGACUCCUUGCUUCCAGCGGCAUUGGAGAUACUAUUAUGAUCCACCAGAGUUCACCACAGUCAUAAGAGGUGACGACACAACACUGUUCCACUUCGGUUACUUCAGAGAUGAUCCAAAUGAGAUGCCCGCCUUUGUCGCUUCAAAUGCUGCCAAUGAAAAUUGCACGAUCACCCCCAGAGGCGAGAACAUAUUUGCUGCAAUCAACUGGUUUGUUGACGAGGAGUUGAAAAAGACGAAAUACAAAGAACUCUCCACACUCCAGACAGCUCUCAGAGACUGGGCAAAGUCAAAGGAUAUCAGCCUGGAGCUUAAAACCAAGCAAAUGACUAAGAGGCAGAAGAAGGUUGUGUGUAAGACAUUCCAUGGUGCUGGCCUGGUGGUGCCAGUUGACGAGGCCACUGAAAUUGGUUACAGACCAGUGCCAGAAUCUGUCGCUGACCUGAAGAAGAUGUUCAAACGCAUCGAAAAGAGUGAAACCGACGAAGAACGGGACAAGAACAUCGAUCCACUUCAGGAGCUCAUAACGUUGAUCCAGUUUGCGAACGAUGAAUGCGACUAUGGAGAAGGAAUCGAACUUAGCCUCGAUCUUUUCUCGUACGGUGGCGACACCUUUCAUCCAUUUAUCAUGACACUGCUACCGAUGGGCUAUAAGUUGUUGCGACGGCAUGCGUAUGCGAAGAUCAUUCAGGCCCAUUUGGCUGACAGGAGACGGACUAGUGACUUGAGUGAAUUCUGAACAGUUUGAGCGAUCAGUGUCAUAUCAUGUUUUAUAUGUUCAUUUCAGUUAAAGAGCAUGAGGAAACCAGCCCUGUAAAAUAUUUAGUCGCCCUCCAACUUCAAGCACCCCGCUGAUACUACACACAGUGAUGAUUGGCAUAUUUACCUUAUCUACAUAAUGGCCAGCGUAACCAGUGAUACUCGGGCCAGGUUCAUCAUCAUAUGAUCAUGACUAAUUACUGUGAUGAGGCAAAAUUAGAAGUAAUUUGGUCGACUUCAAGGCAACCAGGAUGUGAUAGCAAGGUCGGUUAUGUAACAACAUAUGUUGACCUCAGCUUUUGGUCCGGCAACUCAGCAGGAGGUUACCUGGCUCAGAUAAGCUGAGAGCUAAAGUCAAUAAACUAUUCCUCAGAAACUCACCCCUCAUCAAAUAUCCAUCCCCCCCCCCCCCCCCGGCAUCUAAGGCAUUUUCCAUUAGUUGGUGGGGGAUGGUUAGGAGAUAAUUUUUACAGGGCUGGUUUCCUCAUGGGGAGGACUUGUGUGUCUUUGUUUCUGCUAGAAAUCUGAUAAGGCCAUUGUCUAUCCAAAUUGAACAUGUUAAUGGCAUUAAAUGACCAUGCACAUGAUAUCAAAAACUUGAUGAUAUCUAGCUUAAGUUGUCUUAGAUCAGGGAGUAUAUUGAGAUACAUGUAGUCACCAUGGUGUUCAUUAAAAUUUCUUUCAAAAUGAGGUUGAGUCAGUUUCAUGAUCAUGUCUGAAGAAGAUUUAACAGGAAUUUUCGUGUUUAUUGUCCGUAUGCUUAAGGCAAUGAAGAUCGGAAAGCUUCAUCAGGUUGGCACAAACCACUAGAAACCAUGAUAAGUGUACAUAGGUAAUUUUGUAUCCUGAUGAUUUGU